AUGGAGAACAGCACCGGGAGCAAAAUGACUCAAAGUGGACGAGCCUUAUUCACAAGGAAGUUACUGGUGGUCUCAGACGUCCUGUGCCUAAUCCUAGUUUCCAUCCCGUUCUUUGUAAGUGAGCUAAAGAUGGUCCGACCAUACAGCAGAGGUAUUGAAUGUGGAGACACCAGUAUCACCUACCCAUACAAGCCAUCGGAGACUGUAUCAGACACACUGCUCAUUGUUGGCGGUAUCCUGAUCACAGGCAUCUCAAUCACUUUAGGGGAAUGGUACCGUGUGCGCUACCUCGGUGUCAGGUCCAAGGGCUUCGUCAAGACCAAGUAUGUGUCGUGUCUCUACAAGGAAUGGGGCUCCUUCUUAUUUGGCUGCUCCAUUAGCCAAUCCCUGACCAGCGUGGCCAAGCUGAGCGUCGGCCGUCUGCGGCCACACUUCUUGUCGUUGUGCGGUGUCACCUAUGAGUCACUCAGCUGCAAGUCAGGAACUUACUUGGCUACUGUCAAAUGUCCCAACGCUGACCCCAGCAAAAUGGAGGAGGCCAGGAAAUCAUUCUUCUCUGGUCACGCCUCCUUUGCGAUGUACACAAUGCUGUAUUUAGUUUUUUAUCUUCAAGCGCGGUUGACAUGGCGUGAAGCUCGUCUGCUGAGACCCGUGCUGCAAUUUUUCCUGUUUCUGCUGGCCGUCUACACAGGUCUGACCCGCAUCACUGACAAUAAGCACCACCCGUCCGACGUCCUGUUCGGCCAUAUACUUGGAGGCCUCACUGCAUACCUGGUGGCCUUCUACAUCUCUUCCAUGUUUAAGAGACCCAGCUUGAAUCAGUCUCAAGUUGAGACCCAAGAUAACCACUUACAGCAUACUGCAACAGCUGCUAAAUUUCACCUACACCAUCCCGCCCAGCCUGGCGCAGAAUCUACCAGUGUGGAGACUGUGUGA